AAACAGAUUUAAUGGUGAAAUAUCUCAAUAGUGGUGUAGACAUUCACUAAGUUAGACGUGUGUUCGUGACGCAUAUAUAGGUAUUGUUUAUUCUGAAAUCUGAGUAUUCAAUUAAAAUGGAACAGAGCUUAAGCAUCGAUACACUGAAAAUAGCAAAAGAAGAACUCAGAGAAGACAAAGCAACACGGAAUAAUGCUUUAAGUCAAAUGCGGUUAUGGUUGAAGCAAAAUAAAAAAAUUAUCCAUUCUCGUAGUGAUGACAGCUUUUUGUUGAGAUUUCUUCGAGCUAAAAAAUUUAGUUUGACGUUAGCUCAGGAAACGUUGGAACGAUAUUUAUUAAUGCGACAAACAUUUGGACAUCGACUCUUUAAAGUACUUGACAUCACGUGUCCGCGACUUGAAAAACUUCUGGAACUUGGGUACAUAUUUGUAGUUCCCAAGCGUGACAAAAAUGGACGUAGGAUUAUCAUAACAAGACCAGGAGUUUUCAAUCCGUCAUUAUGGACCAAUGCAGAAAUGUGCAGAAUGCACGGUGUUACAUAUGAAACCCUCAUGGAAGACCAGGAAAACCAAAUUCGUGGGUUUGUACAUUAUGUAGAUGCAGCUGGUAUGUGCUUACAACAAUUAACAUUAUUUACACCAAGAGAAGCUAUCAGAAUUGUUAAAAAUGGAGAGCGAACAAUUCCAAUGCGACACAAAGAAAUAUAUGGAGUAAAUAUACCAUCGAGUUUAAAAUUCGCGUUGGAUUUCGGAAUCACCUUGUUAUCUGAAAAAAUUAGAAGUCGUGUAAAAAUAUUUAGUUCAAUAGAGGACAGCCACACAUAUGUUGAUAAGUCAUUAUUGCCUAAAGAAUAUGGUGGAGAAAUGGAAAUGUCGAAAAUGAUAGGUUUAUGGAAACAAGAACUGUUAGAAAAGCGAGAACAAAUACUCAAAAAUGAAAAAAUGUCGGUAAGAGAGGAUAUGUUUAGUGAGAGUGCCAGACAAGGGCGAGUAUCAGCAUUGACAAACCACAGUCACCAACACAUGGUUGGCAGUUUUCGUCAACUAACUGUUGAUUAGUUUUCAUAAUUUUGAACAUCAUUAUAUAAUUUGAAUUAAUUUUUAUGCAAAAUUUAACAUUAAAAUGUUAACAUCUUAAUGCAAAAUCUCUGAAAACAAAAAAAUUUUCAUAGAUUAUUCAAUGUAAUGAAAAAUACAUUAAAUGUGAUAUCUACGGAUAUAAAAGAAAAAUUUUUAGUUGUUAAAUUAAUUUUAUAUCUAAUUUAAGGAAUUCAAUUCAAUUAUAAAUUCAAUAUUGUAAUAUUCAACAAAAUAAUUAAUAGUAAAUACCAACUUUAACAAUUAUUAUGAGAACUAAAAAAAAAAAAAUGAAACACAAAUAUAAUAAAAAUAUAUUUC